UCAAAAAGGCCUGACUGUCUUUUUGCUCCCUCUUUAUAACAUUAAAGUCGAUGUUUGAAAGAUGGAAACAAACAUGUAAUUAAUAGAUAAAAUUAUUUCUGUUGUUAUUUUGACUUAUCAUUUUCUUUGGACGAGUUGGGUGUUAAAUUACCACCGUAUUUAUGAAUAAGGUACUUUUGUUUGAUGUGUCAUAUUAACUGUAGCUCUAAGCAAUAGUCCAGUUGCAAAAUGAGUGAUUCACAGCCUGCGGAGACUAAAAUUAUCUAUUACAAUGGCGAUGAUGAUGUACCGGUGUUAAUACGGCUUGCUGUUCCCCCAGACCAAGUGACUUUAAGGGACUUUAAAUCUGCCAUCAACAUUCAAUCAUCCUGUGAACAUAAAUUUUUUUUCAAAACGAUUGAUGAAAAUGUUGGUAUAGUUAAAGAGCUGAUAACAGAUGAUGAUGCUAAGUUGCCCUUUUUCAAAGAUAACAUUAUUUGUUAUGUAGAAUCUCAGCUUCACGAUGACACAGCCUGCAUGUGUGAUGUUGGUCAGAGUAGAUUUCUUCCAAAUCAACAUCUUCAUUCUCAUUCUCAUCUUCAUCCUCAUCCUCACCCUCACUCUCACCCACCUCACUAUCAUCAUCAAUAUGACUACUAUCCAGAUGAUGAUACAAGCUCAAGGAUCUCAACCUCGACAAAUGAAACUUCAGUAAGCCGUUACAAUCCGCUUAGUGUGAUGCGAAGGAAACGUGCCAUGUCCGUCGCAUCCUCUGUCUCUAGUGUAACAGAUUCUUCAGCUAGUUGUUUUCCUGGGCAAGCAAUCAAAACAGUUACCCUCAAUUUAGACGGUAAAAACUUUCUAGGUAUGAGCUUAGUUGGUCAAGCAAGUUCCUCUGAAAAUGGAGGAAUUUAUGUUGGAUCAAUCAUGAAAGGAGGAGCAGUCGCUGCGGAGGGGACUAUUCAACCUAACGAUAUGAUUCUUCAAGUAAAUGACCAUGUUUUAUCAAAUAUGACAAAUGACCAGGCAGUUGAAAUACUCCGAGAAGCUGUUCAAAAACCAGGACCAAUUAAACUUGUGGUUGCCAAGAUUCUUGAACCUAACCUUGACAAUUAUUUCACUAUCCUUCGAGAAGAGCCAAUUCAACCUCUCAAUUUAGAAGCCUGGAUUCAAACCACUGAAGCUGCCACUGGAUUAAACGAGGCCAUUGAUCACCCUUCAUCAGGAUCUGUUAGUCAUUCCUCAAUGCCUAUUUCUGAGCGACAUCAUCUCUUAUCUGAAAUGCCAGAACUUUCAUUAACAAACAGUACCAUGUUUACAAUUGCCAAAGUUGCAGCCAGACCAGAUAGCGGAUUGAUUAUAAAAGACAGAAAGUGGCUAAAAAUUAGAAUUGCAAAUGCUUUCGUAGGCCGGGAUUUAGUGGACUGGUUAUAUAAAAAGGUCAGAGGGUUUAGUUCAAAGAAAGAAGCGUAUAAAUAUGCUAAGCAAAUGUUGAAAUCUGGCUAUAUCAAAAUUACUGUAGCUAAAAAGUUUUCCAAAAAUUGCUACUAUGUGUUCGACGAGAGCGUUUUUUGCGAAGAUGAUUCUCUUCAAGCUGAGCAGGCUUCAAUUGCAGCCGAAAUCACAGCUUCGCAAAUGAAAGAGAGACAAUUCGCUAGAGCUGGAAUCAAAAAAUUUUCGGAAGACAACAGAAUCAAAGAUGGUAUUGGUAUACAUUUAUUGCUCAAAUUGAUUAUGGGCUCAUUGCCUAAAUGGUCAUUACUCGACCCUAAGAGAGGUGUUCACUCUGGUGCUAAUGUAAAUGAUAGAUCUUCAGCUUCAACUUCAAACUGGGUCAAUGGAGGCUCAUCAUCUUCUUCAUCAUCCUCAUCAUCAUCAUCUGCAAUAUGUAAUGCCUCUUCCACCUCGUCGUCGUCUUCUGCAUCAGGAAAUAGACCUUCAAAUAGUAACAUUAACACAAGUGGUUAUGGUGCUCCAACUGGAAUAAGGCCUAGAGUUGAAGAUGAUUCAGACGAGAAUCUUCCACCUGGAUGGGAAAUACGAUAUGACCAAUACAAUCGGAAAUACUAUGUUGAUCAUAAUACAAGAAGUACAACAUGGGAGAAACCACAAAGAUUACCUCCUGGUUGGGAGUUAAGGAUAGACCCGAGAGGUCGUGUUUACUAUGUAGAUCAUAAUACCAAGACAACUACUUGGCAACGACCAACUGAAAAUACCUUACGUAUUUUUAAUGAAUGGCAAUCAUCACAAGGCCAGGUUAUGCAACAAUGUGGUCAACGAUAUAUGUAUGCUACUCCCCAAAUGGAUCGCGGCUCAACAUCUAAUACUGUAUCUAAUGGAGAAUCUAGCGAAGCAUCAGCUGUUCUUCCACAAUCAGCUGGUCCAAGUGGCAUCAGUGUUAACCCUUUAAGUCUAUCUUCACUAGCAUCAGCAGCAAACAUUGUUCCUGCCACCAAUUCGGUAAAAAAAGAAGGAAAUUCUUACGAAGAGCCUUUACCUGAAGGCUGGGAACGUCGUCUUGAUCCAAAUAAUCGUGUUUAUUAUGUUAAUCAUAAGAAUAAAACAACUCAAUGGGAAGAUCCUAGAACUCAAGGAAAAUUUAUUCCAACUUUACAAAGUGGGCUGAAUGGAGCUAAUGGUUUAAAUGGUGCAACCAAUUAUGAUCUUUUACCAUUACCUAAAGGUUGGGAAAUUAGAUACACCAAAGACGGCGAAAGAUAUUUCGUUGAUCACAAUAGGAAAUCAACUACAUUUCAAGAUCCAAGGAUCCCUGUUGAAAAUGGUGAUAUCAAUGCAUCCGCUGCAACAAACUUAAUAACAUAUGAACGCUGUUUUCGUGCUAAACUUCAUCAAUUCCGUUAUCUGUGUCACAUUAAUGCAUUGCCUUCUCACAUUAAGAUAUGUGUCUCUCGGACAAAUAUUUUUGAAGAUUCUUUCCAUCAAAUCAUGAGAGUUCCUCCCCACGAAUUACGUCGAAGAUUAUUCAUUACAUUUAAAGGUGAAGAAGGAUUAGACUACGGAGGAAUUGCUAGAGAAUGGUUUUUCCUUCUCUCUCAUCAAGUUCUUAAUCCAAUGUAUUGUCUUUUCGAAUACGCUGGUAAAAACAAUUAUUCCCUUCAAAUCAAUCCAGCCUCUUCGGUUAAUCCAGAUCACCUAUUAUACUUUAGAUUCAUUGGCCGGUUCAUUGCAAUGGCCCUGUUUCAUGGUAAAUUCAUUUAUUCUGGAUUUACUCUGCCUUUCUAUAAGCGAAUGCUUGGUAAAAAACUUGUUAUGAAAGAUAUCGAAUCAAUUGACCCCCAAUUUUACAAUAGUCUUGUUUGGAUCAAAGAGAAUAGCCUUGAAGACAUUGAAGAUGGAAUGGAACUUUAUUUUACUGUUGAUUAUGAAAUUUUGGGCCAACUCAAGAGCACGGAACUUAAAGAAGGUGGAUCAGAUAUUCGAGUGACUGACGAGAACAAAGAUGAGUAUUUAAGACUUAUCAGUGAUUGGCGUUUCAGUCGAGGGCAAGAAGAACAAACCAAAGCCUUAUUAGACGGUUUUAAUGAGGUUUUGCCUCUAGAAUGGCUCCACUAUUUCGAUGAAAGAGAAUUAGAACUUCUUCUAUGUGGUAUGCAAGAAAUCGACAUUGAAGAUUGGCAAAAGAACACCAUUUACAGACAUUAUAGUAGAGGAAGUAAACAAAUCCAAUGGUUCUGGACAUUUGUGAAAGAAGGUAUGGACAAUGAAAAGAGAGCUCGUCUUUUACAGUUUGUAACUGGUACCUGUAGAGUUCCUGUUGGAGGUUUUGCCGAACUAAUGGGUUCUAAUGGACCACAAAGAUUUUGUAUUGAAAAAGUUGGCAAAGAAACUUGGUUACCCAAAAGUCAUACUUGUUUUAAUCGACUCGACUUGCCACCUUACAAAUCGUACGAACAGUUAGUUGAAAAGUUAACUUAUGCCAUUGAAGAAACGGAAGGAUUUGCCCAGGAAUGAUGAUAAAACAAUUACAAAUUUGACCAAUAAUUAACAAAAACUAUAUUUAUAAAUUUACAAAUUUCGUGAUUUGCAUAGAAUCAAGCCCGGAAAGCCUGGACAGUGCUAGAUAAAGCGACCAGGGUUACCAUCAUUUCCGAUAAUCUAACAUCGUAUCAAAUUUUAAAAUUAAAUCUAAUGUGACUAUAUAGCUUAAUGAAAACGAUGAUGUAUAUUCAUGAAAUAAUCUGUGAGAAGCAAAUUAAGAUUAUAUAUACAGUUUAUAUAAAUAAAAGUGACACCAAUGUACUAAACUUCAAAUUAA